AUGGGGCUACUUGAUAUAUUACGAAAAUUUCGUUCAACACCACAAGAUGAACUUCGUAUUUUACUUUUAGGUCUUGAUAAUGCUGGAAAGACAACAUUACUAAAAGUUCUUGCUUCAGAAGAUAUUUCACAUAUUACACCUACACAAGGUUUUAAUAUCAAAAGUGUGCAAUCAAGUGGUUUUAAGCUCAAUGUUUGGGAUAUCGGUGGUCAACGUAAAAUUCGACAAUAUUGGCAUCAUUAUUUUGCAAAUACUGAUGUUUUAAUAUAUGUUAUUGAUAGUUCUGAUCGAAAACGUUUUGAUGAAACAAAUCAAGAAUUAUCUGAGUUAUUAGAAGAAGAAAAAUUAAAUGGUGUACCUUUAUUAGUUUUUGCUAAUAAACAAGAUUUAUUAAAUGCUGCUAAAGCAUCAGAUAUAACUGAUGGUUUGUCAUUACAUCAAAUACGUAAUCGACCUUGGCAAAUUCAAGGUUGUUCAGCAUAUACAAAAGAAGGUGUUAAAGAAGGUCUUGAAUGGGUAUCAAAAACAGUUGCUAGUAAUAGAAAUAAAAAAUAA